GCUACACGUAACGUAAAAUUGCCUUAAUUCUUAAAGAAUACAUUAAAAAUAUGGAUAAAUGGAAAAUAUUUUUACCAAUUGAUUAUGGUCAUAAGAUUGACUUAAGGAUCAAAUGACUAUCAUGCAUUUUCAAGAUUAAAGGUAUUCAGUGAAUAGAAUUCCAUCAUUAUUGAUAAUUUUAUCAUUCCUAUAUUUUCUAUUGCCAGUAUAAUCAUUAUUUAAGUCUUCGGUUGAGCAGGAAUGAUACCUAGAGGAUCACCUUAAAAUAUUUGUGACCGUUAUGUGAACUAGGCUUAGUUCCUUAUAAAAUGUUGCCAACUUCAUGGCGCGUCAAAGUAAAAACCUCGCAAGGCCAGUGUUUUGUCGUGUGUAAAUCUGCUCUUGAAUUGUUAACAAAUAUAGAAAAGUUGUGUCGGAUAAAAUAGUAUGAAAGCAAUGUCUCAUCAUUAUGUUGUGACGGCACAUAAGCCUACGGCUGUCACUGCAUGUGUGACAGCAUGAGAAAAAAGACUUGUUGUUUUUAUUGACCACAAGAUAUAAUGCUAUGAUUUUGGAAUGUGUUGGUGAAGGAGAAGAUAUAGAAAUUAUAACGAAAGCACAUGGAAAUGUGGCAGAUCGAAUUGGUAAAGCUUCAGAAACAGGAAUUAAAGCUGUAAUCGACCCCAAAGCGCGUGUGAUUGGUCUUCGUUUAUACGAUGGCCUUUUUAAAAUUAUACCACUUGAAAAGGAUAAUCCAGAGUUAAAAGCAUCAUCGAUACGUAUGGACGAACAACAAGUACAAGAUGUAAAUUUUCUUCAUGGAUGUGCUAAUCCAACCUUAAUUUUAAUUCAUCAAGAUAUUAAUGGCAGACAUGUUAAGACCCAUGAAAUUUCUUUGAGGGAUAAAGAAUUUGUUAAAAUACCUUGGCGACAAGACAAUGUGGAACGUGAAGCUAUGAUGGUUAUUCCAGUUCCUUCCCCUAUCUGCGGUGCAAUAAUAAUAGGUCAGGAAAGUAUAUUGUACCAUGAUGGAACCACAUAUGUUGCUGUUGUACCUCCAAUCAUUAAACAAAGUACAAUUACAUGCUAUGCUAAAGUUGAUAACCAAGGGCUUAGGUAUUUAUUAGGUGAUAUGGCUGGACAUUUAUUCAUGUUGUUCUUGGAACAAGAAAAGAAACCGGAUGGUACCCAAGUAGUGAAAGAUUUGAAAGUUGAGCUUCUAGGAGAAAUUAGUAUACCAGAAUGUAUUACAUACUUGGACAAUGGUGUGAUAUUUGUUGGUAGUCGUCUUGGUGAUUCGCAAUUAAUUAAAUUAAUUACAAAAGCAGAUGAGAAUGGUUCAUAUUGUGUUCCAAUGGAGACUUUUAUUAAUUUAGCACCAAUUGUUGAUAUGGCUGUAGUUGAUCUCGAAAGACAAGGUCAAGGACAAAUGGUCACAUGUUCUGGAGCUUUUAAAGAGGGUUCUCUUAGAAUUAUUAGAAACGGAAUAGGUAUUGAAGAGCAUGCCAGUAUAGAUUUACCAGGCAUUAAGGGUAUGUGGGCGUUGAAAGUUCGCGGCGGCAAUUUUGACAAUACUCUAGUUUUAUCUUUCGUUGGACAAACUAGAAUAUUAACAUUAAAUGGAGAAGAAGUUGAAGAAACAGAUAUUCCUGGUUUUGUUGCUGAUGAACAGACGUUCCAUACGGGAAAUGUUACGAACGAUUUAUUUAUUCAGAUAACGCCGAAAUCUGCCAGAUUAAUAUCACAUGAAACGAAAACAACUGUUUCUGAAUGGGAACCAGAGAACAAAAGAACCAUCAGUGUAGUUGCUUGCAAUGGAACACAAGUACUUUGUGCAACUGGUAAUGAUUUGUUUUAUAUGGAAAUUACGGAUGGACAGAUUGUACCAAAAGGGUUUGCAACUUUGCAAUACGAGGUGGCAUGUUUAGAUAUAUCUCCAUUAGAUGGCAAUACUGAUGCAAAAAUUGCUGCAGUAGGAUUAUGGACAGAUAUUUCUGUUCGCAUAUUAACAUUACCUGUUUUAGAAGAAAUCAAUAAAGAAUUACUUGGGGGUGAAAUUAUACCAAGAUCUAUUUUAAUGACUUGUUUCGAGGGUAAUACAUAUCUUCUUUGUGCUCUUGGAGAUGGUAGUAUGUAUUACUUUACUUUACACAAACAAAGUGGUAUGCUUUCCGAUAAGAAAAAAGUUACUUUAGGCACACAGCCAACGGUCCUAAGAACUUUCAGAUCACUCUCCACCACUAAUGUCUUUGCGUGUUCUGAUAGACCUACUGUAAUUUAUUCAUCAAAUCACAAACUUGUGUUUAGCAAUGUUAAUUUAAAAGAAGUAAACCAUAUGUGUUCUUUAAACGCAGAAUCAUAUCCAGACAGUUUAGCAUUAGCAACUGACAGUACCGUGACAAUUGGAACAAUCGAUGAAAUACAGAAAUUACACAUUCGAACGGUUCCUCUUGGAGAAUCACCGAGACGCAUUGCUUAUCAAGAAAGUUCUCAAACGUUUGGAGUAAUAACAAUGAGAGUUGAUAUUCAAGACAGCAGUGGUGUCAGUAUUGUAAGACCCUCUGCAUCUACGCAAGCAGCUUCAACAUCUACUCAAGCAACCUCUACAUCUAGUAGCAGUUUAGUUAUACCGCACAAUAAACCUACAGGACAUACUGCUAGUGAAAUUGGCCAAGAAAUUGAAGUACAUAAUUUACUCAUCAUAGAUCAACAUACUUUCGAAGUUUUACAUGCUCAUAUGUUAAUGCCUACUGAAUAUGCAUUAUCAUUGAUAUCAACUAAAUUAGGAGAUGAUCCUACAUCUUACUAUGUAGUUGGAACUGCACUCAUUAAUCCAGAUGAAACUGAACCAAAAAUGGGUAGAAUACUACUAUAUCAUUGGAAUGACGGAAAACUUAUUCAGGUUGCUGAAAAAGAGAUCAAGGGUUCGUGUUAUUCUUUGGUUGAAUUUAAUGGAAAACUCCUUGCUAGUAUUAACAGUACUGUACGUUUAUUCGAGUGGACCGUAGAAAAAGAACUUAGGCUGGAAUGUAGCCAUUUCAAUAAUAUUAUUGCACUCUACUUAAAAACAAAAGGAGACUUUGUUUUAGUUGGAGAUCUUAUGAGAUCUCUUACAUUGCUACAGUAUAAAACAAUGGAAGGUAGCUUUGAAGAAAUUGCAAGGGAUUACAAUCCAAAUUGGAUGACAGCUGUUGAAAUUCUAGAUGAUGAUACUUUUCUAGGCGCUGAGAAUUGUUUUAAUCUGUUUGUUUGUCAAAAAGAUAGUGCCGCAACUUCUGAGGAUGAAAGGCAACAAAUGCAGGAGGUUGGACAAUUUCAUUUAGGUGACAUGGUCAAUGUCUUUCGGCAUGGGUCAUUAGUGAUGCAAAACUUGGGUGAAUCAAGUACACCCACACAGGGUUGUGUAUUAUUUGGAACUGUUAGUGGAGCGAUUGGUUUAGUUACACAAAUUCCAUUCACAUUUUAUGAAUUUUUACGAAAUAUCGAAGACAAAUUAACCAGUGUUAUAAAGAGUGUUGGUAAAAUAGAGCACAACUUUUGGAGAAGUUUUAAUACCGAGUUAAAGAUUGAACAGUGCGAAGGAUUUAUAGAUGGGGAUUUAAUCGAAAGCUUUCUUGAUUUAAGCCCAGAUAAGAUGGCAGAAGUUGCUAUGGGUCUUAUGAUUGAUGAUGGUAACGGUAUGAAGAAAGAAGCGACGGUAGAUGAUCUUGUAAAAAUAGUAGAAGAUCUUACAAGAAUACAUUAAAAAUUUAUACUUCAUUAAUUUGUAUAGUUUAUUAUAUUUUGAGAAGUUUAUAGAUGAAUAGAUUGAUAAGAAAACUCGAAAAAUAUUUGAGAAACAAAUGAAAAAUGUACAUACAAUUACCUACUUAUCAUUGAUAGUACAAGAAAGCAAGAAAGUGCAUUUCCUCUUUUUUCCAGUGAAAAAUUAUUUUUUAUUCGUGUGCAUUUUUGCUCUUGUACUCUGAUUCGUAUUACUCUUCUAUAAUAAUGUACUUCAGUUACUUGUAUAUGUGUAUGUGAAAGAUUUUCUGAAAAUGUUGACAUACAUCAAGAAUGCAUUCUUUAUACAAACGUAUGACCUAGUUCUCUUACAAGUAUUUUCGAAUUCAUAUAAAUAAUAACGUAUUUUUUAUGAUAUUAAAUAACAAUCGCGUAAUAGUACUUACUAUUAAAAAUGUUGAAAACUUAUUAAUUAAUAAUUAUUUAAAAAAUAUCAAAGGCACGCUAAAAAUUUGUAAAGUUACUAUGGUAUGAGAUUAUUAAACGAUUACUCUUUCCGCUCAGCACUAAUUAUCGAAUUUCUGGUUUGACGAUGUUUUUAUUUCUGAACGUAAUAAACAUGAUAAUGCGAUA